GUUAUUAUUUCAUAUUGCUUCUCAUAAUAGCGUAUCUACGUAUGUGAUGUAUUUGCUCUUCGAAAUUCUGAUACGUUUUUCGAUAAUUCUCGCUGAGUAAUAUUAAGUGACGGAACGCAAGCAACUUCGCAUCGGUGCGAUUCGCGCGCGUGUCGCCGUUUCAUAACCUCGUGCCGGACGGGUGAGAGCAAAUUCGUGAUCAUACCGUUGAACUGUAGAGAGAACGUCGGAAGGAGGUCAAGUUCGCGCGGUGUCGUUCGUCAGAAGAAGAAACUCCGUUCUGAGAACAGGUGGAAAGUCGUAGAAGAACAUGAGCCCAUUAAACAGAGGUCCUCUUAUGGCGCCCAGAUUGCCACCGGCCGGCAUGCGGCAGCUUCCGCCGCCCAGAUUCGCAGGUAGACUAGCACCACAUGGCAUGCCACCGAGGAUGUUACCGCCGCCGAAAAACGGUCCGGGUGGACCGCGGCAGAGACUGCCGCCACCGCGGCCCGCUAGCGGCGUGUCUCGGCCUAACGGCAUGCUGCCGAGGUUCCCCGGCGGUCCCAGAGCGCGCGGCAUGGCGCCCAUCGUGCCCUCGAUGGGACCGCGUGUUUCCGGAUUACCACGCGGGCCUCCCAUGCGGCCUUGGCCGCGACGGAUGCCGCCGCUACCGCAGAUGAUGCCGCCUAUAAGGGUCAGAUACGGCACGGGCAACGGGAAUGCGAAGGGCAAGGCGAUGGGUAACGCAAAGAAAGGCAAGAUCGAAGAAUUAGAAUUAAAAAAACCAUGGAUGACAGAUGAAAUUCGUAAUGAGAUUCAAAGAAAAAACAAAUUGUACGCUAAGGCAAAAAAGAACAAAGAUGCAGUAGAAUGGGAGGAAUUUAAGGAUCUUCGAAACAAAGUAACGAGGAUGAUAAGAGAUGCAAAAAAUGAAUUCCUUGCAAAGCAUCCUGAACAGGUUCGUCUGUAUCCAGAUAGUGAAGAUCUAUACGAUAUGAGAGAUGAAAAUUAUGUCAGUUCUGAUGAUGACAACACGACUUAUUAUUGCGAGGUCUGUGAUAGAGAUUUCCCAUCCGAGAAUGAUCUCUCUAGUCACAAACGCACACAUAUGCUUUGUGGGAUUGAUGGCUGCACGUUUUCGGCGUAUCCCUCGCUUGUUGAAAAACAUAUUAGUAUGCAGCAUCGUUCUGGUUUGUACCAAAAACUGAAGGAUUUAUCGACACCAGAAGAUAUCGAAAAAUGGAUAACAGAACGAAAAAAGAGGUAUCCCACUGAAGACAACAUAAAAUUACGUAAGGCAGAAGAGCUAGAAAAAGUACAAAGGGGAGAAGUAAUCAAGCAGAAUUACAAUAUACGAUCGAAAACAAAUAAGACGACGAAUAUACGUGAGAAAAAACGCAAGCCUCGCAAACGGCAUAUACGCGAAAUUAAUAGCAAUUGUAUCCGUACAGAAAAAACAUAUAGAGGUUUACGCCCGUUUGCUGGAAUAACUGAUUUGCAAGAAGAAACGGGUGCGGUUUACUUAGAUGAACAGGUGGAACAAGCAAAUUUCUGUGGAAAAGAUAUUGAUAAUAUUUCGGACGAAGAUGAUAUACCGCAAACAUCUACGGUACCAGAAUAUGUAUCGCAAACAUCUACGGCACCAGAAUAUGUAUCGCAAACAGCAGCAGAGUCCACUAAUUUACCAACUGUAACCAGUUCGCUUAUACCUAGUUUAGUAGCAGAUUAUGAAAGUGAAAACAGUGAUGAUGGUCCAGAAGAAGUAUCAAUAAAAAAAAGAAAAAAAGAGGAGAAUCUGCAGAAUGAGAUUACAGAAAAUAUAAUUCAUGAAGAAAAUUCCACGCAAGUUUGUAAAGAGGUUUCUAAUACGCAGUCUUGUACCGACGCAGAUGAUGAAUUAAAUAAUAAAUUUCAAAAUACAGUCGCUACAAAUCAAAAUAAGCAAAACCACGAAUCAAAUCGAAUGAUUAGUAACAAAAAUGAGAAAUUUUUUCUACGUAGAUAUCAUAAUCAAUUGUUAGAAAAAUUGCUUUCGCGUUCUAUACAACAUGAGAGAAAUUUAAUUUGCCAAUGUGUGAAAUAUAUUAUAGAAAACAAUUUCUUU